AUGUGGGGCCUCCUGCUUGCCUUGGCUGCCUUUGUGCCUGCCGUCGGUCUGGGUCUGGGGGCGCCCAGCGCCACGGUGCUGGGUCUGGCGCCGCCAGCGACCACCGAGGUCCCGGGCUCAACCCCGGCCCCGCGUAACAGCCCUGCACAGCCGCCCGCGAAGGGGAAUGGAGAACCUCCUAGGAGAACCUCAGGAGAGCAAGUCCGGAUUCGAGUCAUCAAGAAGAAAAAGGUUAUUGUGAAGAAGCGAAAGAAGUUAACUCGUCUCAGUCUCCCAGAAGCUGCUAGACCAACAAGGACCCCCGAACACCUUGAGAAACAAGAGCCAGGUUGCCCCCCUUUGGGCCUGGAAUCUCUGAGAGUUUCAGAUAGCCAGUUUGAGGCAUCCAGCAGACAGUCCUUUGGUCUUGGACCACAUCGAGGACGGCUCAACAUCCAGUCAGGCCUGGAGGAUGGUGACCAAUACGAUGGGGCCUGGUGCGCUGAGCAACAGGACACUGAGCCAUGGUUUCAGGUGGAUGCUAAAAACCCUGUCCGCUUCUCAGGCAUUAUCACACAGGGCAGGAACUCUAUCUGGAGGUACGACUGGGUUACAUCAUACAAGGUCCAGUUCAGCAAUGACAGUUGGACCUGGUGGGGGAGUAGGAAUCAUAGCAGUGGGAUGGAUGCGGUAUUUCCUGCCAAUUCGGACUCAGAAACUCCAGUGCUGAACCUCUUGCUGGAGCCCCAGGUGGCUCGCUUCAUUCGUCUGCUGCCCCAGAGCUGGCUCAAGGAAGGCUCACCUUGUCUCAGGGCAGAGAUCCUGGCCUGCCCAGUCUCAGAUCCUAAUGACUUACACCCUGAGGCCCAUGCACUGGGAUCCUCCGACCCUCUAGAAUUUCGGCAUCAUGAUUAUAAGGCCAUGAGGAAGCUGAUGAAGCAGGUGAAUGAGCAGUGUCCCAACGUCACCCGCAUCUACAGCAUCGGGAAGAGCCACCAGGGCCUGAAGCUGUAUGUUAUGGAAAUGUCGGACCAGCCUGGGGAACAUGAGCUGGGGGAGCCAGAGGUACGCUAUGUGGCUGGCAUGCACGGGAAUGAGGCCUUGGGGCGGGAAUUGCUGCUGCUUCUGAUGCAGUUCUUGUGCCAUGAGUACCUGCAAGGGAACCCACGAGUGACCCGACUGCUCACCGAGAUGCGCAUUCACCUGCUGCCCUCCAUGAACCCUGAUGGCUAUGAGAUUGCCUACCGCAAGGGUUCAGAGCUGGCGGGUUGGGCAGAGGGUCGCUGGACCUACCAAGGCAUCGACCUUAAUCACAAUUUUGCUGACCUCAACACACCACUGUGGGAUGCAGAGGACUAUGGGCUGGUUAUCCCCAACCAUCACGUGCCACUGCCUACUUACUAUACUCUGCCCAACGCCACUGUGGCUCCUGAAACUUGGGCAGUUAUUGAGUGGAUGAAGCGGCUCCCCUUUGUGCUGAGUGCCAACCUCCACGGUGGUGAGCUAGUGGUGACCUACCCAUUCGACAUGACUCGGACCCCAUGGGCUUCCCGUGAACUGACCCCAACACCAGACGAUGGUGUCUUUCGCUGGCUUAGCACCGUCUAUGCUGGCACUAAUCGGGCCAUGCAGAACACAGAUCGCCGGCCUUGCCACAACCAGGACUUUUCCUUGCAUGGCAACAUCAUCAACGGGGCUGACUGGCACACAGUCCCUGGGAGCAUGAAUGACUUCAGCUACAUGCACACCAACUGCUUUGAGAUCACGGUGGAGCUGUCCUGUGACAAGUUCCCUCAUGAGAAAGAGCUGCCCCAAGAGUGGGAGAACAACAAAGAAGCCCUCCUCACCUACCUGGAGCAGGUGCGCAUGGGCAUUGCAGGAGUUGUGCGGGACAAAGACACGGAACGUGGGAUUGCUGAUGCUGUCAUUGCCGUGGAUGGAAUUAACCAUGAUGUUACAACAGCACGGGAUGGGGAUUACUGGCGGCUACUGACUCCGGGGGACUAUAUGGUGACUGCCAGUGCUGAGGGCUACCAUUCAGCUACACGGAACUGCCGGGUCACCUUUGAAGAGGGCCCUGUCCCCUGCAAUUUUCUGCUCACUAAGACUACCAAACAAAGAUUGUGA